CUCUGCCGUCGGCGGCGCCGAAGCCACCGUCGCCGAGGCUCCCGCACCGUGUCGGGCUUUGAGAGCGACGCCCGGACGUCAGCUGGGGCGACCGCAGCGGAGUCCAGCUCCAAGACCGCGGCGACGACCACCAGAGCCAGCAUGCGUGCCACGACGGCAAGGAGCAAAACCUCGCCGUCGUCUUUGUUUUCCUCUUCGGAGACUGCGCACGUGCUCCGCAUGAUGAAGAAUCGGAACCUUCCCCAGCCACCGCCCGACAACUGGGGCUCAGCGGUGCGGUUCGCCGUGGCCGUGAUCCUCUCGGGCACCAUGUUCUCGCUCGUCAUGGUGCUCGGCUACAUCUUCGAGACGACCAUGAUUCUCCCCUGGGACAACAUCAACACCAAUGACGGCACACGUCCUAGUGGGCUCGAGAAAGGAGUAACCGUGGCGGUGGCUUUCGGCAUGAACGACACCGCACUUUAAUUCUCCGGAGCCCGCGACACUUUUGUCAAGCCCAAGAGCCUGCCGAACUACGACCAAGAAGAGGGAGACACGGUGGCGCUGCUGUGACAAGCUGGAGUUGUCCGGCCGACAUAGCGUGUUCGCGAACUCUAUUGAUAUUCGAUAUAUCUGCCAGGUGAUAGGCGACUACGUAGUGCGUUAACGCAUCGAAACUGUCGCAGCGAAGUUGCUGAAUGUGCUCCAUGAAUCGUCUUAGAGGUGGAAAGAAAGCUGAAAAACUGGAUGUAUU